UUUAGUUACUGGGUUGAUUUCCACAAAAAUUUUUGUUUGAUUGUUGCAGUUCUUUGAAGUAGCUGCUGGAGAACCGCACGAGGUUUGCAAAGACAAAUGGAUGGAGAACAUUAUUCACCUGAUUCAGACAAUAACUACUCAUAUGAAUACUCUUUUAAUGAAAGCAACGUCUGUGAAAUGGGUGACUAUUUUGUAUUUUACACCCAUCUCACUACUGUCCUGUACACUCUGAUAUUUUUGCUCAGCCUGCUAGGAAACACUCUAGUGUUAUGGAUCCUAUUCAAAUAUGAAAACCUUACAUCUUUAACAAAUGUCUUCAUCAUAAAUCUCUGUGUCUCUGAUCUAGUCUUCUCCUGCAUGCUGCCUUUCUGGGCAGUGGACCAGUCCUUUGGAUGGAUCUUUGGUGAGUUCCUUUGCAAAGCAGUGAAUGCUAUCUUCUCCAUCAGCUACUACAGUGGUGUUUUCUUUUUGACUCUUAUGACUAUCCUGCGGUACCGGUCCGUAGUGAGCCCACUUUCAACUUUGAGACCCCAGACGCAGCGCUGCGGUUUUCUGGUGAGCUUGGUUGGUUGGACUGGUAGCAUAUUAAUCGUGGUUCCUGAGAUAAUUCACACCACGGUGCAAGAAAACUUGGACGGGAUCAAGAUCUGUGAUUACGCUGACUGGAAAUGGAAGAAGAUGGACAUUUAUCAGAGAAAUGUACUCUUCCUGUUUUCUUUUGGGGUUAUCGUAUUCUGUUACUUUAAAAUAUUGAUAAUCCUGCUCAGAGCAAGAUCUCGCAGAAAGCACAGAACUGUGAAACUCAUCCUUGUUAUUGUGGUGGCUUUUUUCCUGAGCUGGGCACCUUACAACAUCCUCAGCUUUCUGCUUACUUUUCCAGCACCUACCUGUCAGUAUGCAAGAGACUCGAACCUUGCCUUUCACAUCAGCCGUAAAAUUGCUUUCUCUCACUGCUGCCUCAACCCUCUAUUCUAUGUAUUUGUUGGAGUCAAGUUCAAGAGUCAUUUGCUACGUUUAUGCAGUCAGUAUUUACCCUGGGGCAAUGGUCAAGUCUCCAGCCCCAGGAUCUCCUUUCAAGGCAGAUUCCACUGUGAAGAUGCGUCCAGCUACUGAAGUGAGACUUAACUAUCAGCACUAAUCCUGGAUGAACUUUCAGAUUUUAAAUGCCAUGGAUAGCCUCUAGUUCUUAGAGGCACUUCCCUGAGAAAGAUACACAAAUUUACUCUUUGCAAACAUGCUAUGUAUGGAAAAUAAUUAAAAAAAUGUAUUUGCAGUGGGAUGGAAGCUGAGAAUACUGAGAAAUUAUGUCAUUGGCCUGUAAGUCUCAUCUUCACGAUUUUUUGCACAGUGAGAUGGAUUUUCUCUCAUUUAUAGUUUCUUCUUAAAAGCAGUAAGAAUAUUUCUUUUUCCUUUGGAAGCUAAACCACCAGGUUUUAACAUCAAUGUUAUUACAUGUUGCUUUCUGGCCUGACUUAAAAUGCUUGGAUUGUAUAUAGCAAUAGACACAUAUGUAUUUCUGUAGCUUUUAAUGCUUUACAGUGUUUAUCAGUGCUGAACUCAUUGGUUUUCUCUUUUUGGGGCUCUCAGGAUUAACUGGCCUGACAAUAGCUACAAGACCUGAGUCUCUGAAGUUCUCGGUGCAUAUGUUCUUUUAUCUGUUGGUAGAUAAUGAUAUAUGUAAAACUAGCCUAGUGUAAAUGUAGUCUUUUGGGUCUGAAAUGAAAAUUUGGGAGAGCCCUAGAAGGAAUGCAAGCUGUUAAGCAGAUACUUCACUAGGACAUUAUUUUUCCUCCUGUUACUGCUCCUGCCACAAGCACCUUCCAGUCUCUAAAUAUCCCUUCAGGUGGUUGCAGUGGAUCAGCAGCCCAUCUACUGAGCAGCACAGGAGCAUAUUUGCCUGUAAAUGCUCUCUCCCUCCUUUUCUCCCUUUGCCACGGUGCUGAGAAGAAUUAAAGUUUCUAAAAAGUUACGGCACAAGAACAAAAUGUUUUUUUAAUAUCAGGAUAAAACUAAAAUUCAUGUUUGGCCUUUUAAAAUUGGUUUUAGGAAGCCAGAGCAGCAGGGUUUAGCCUAUAUACUUCAAUGCUUGCUGCUUCACAACUUUUCACAUAUUGUGCUUAAAACCUGAUCAUCAAAGCUAGCCAUGCAUUUGGUUUUGAUGUUCUUCACAUCUCUCUAAAUACCAGAUACACUCAUAUCUUUGAUGUGUGUGAGUGUCUGAUCUAACCAGCUGCCUGGCCACAUGGAAAUCUUCCAUUUCAUGCAUGCAUCUCAUCUCCAUGGGCAGAUGGGAAGUAAAAUGGAAACAUCUGCAUGAAGCUAGCUUUGGAAAUGUUGCUAAGAGGACUAGUUCUGUUAAGUGCAUAGGUGUUUUUACACGACUACUAAAACAUGAUUUCCAACUAAAAGCAAGCUGAGGGAACUGAAUUCAACAGCAUGCAUUUUUGCAACAAAACCAUUAACAUUCUGAUUAUACCAAUCAAACCCUGUGGCUUUUUUUCUCACAGAAACUGAUACCCUUCUUGAUAGCUCGGUGGUUUUGUGUUUGGUUUUUUUUUUCUUCAGGCAGUGUAACAUGUAGUGUGUACUCCCGUAUAGAUGAAUAACAAAGCUUCAAGAAACCAGAAUAUAUUACUUCAUAGCCUUUGUAUAGAAAGCCAAGGUAGCUUUGCAGUGGCACCAAUCAAUGGCUUGGCAAGGUUCUAAGCAACAUUUUGGCUUUUUGGGCAGCCAUCUUAAAAUGUCUCUGUGUUGUUUUCGUGCUAUUUCAUUUGAUCUCCAAAGAUCAGUUGGAGCAGACAACAGAUUCUUCUCAGCUGCUGUACAGUUUAUAUAAAGCAGAAACUCAGACAUGCCCAUAGUACGAUAUCCUAUUUCUGAUCGUAUCCAGAAGCAGGAAAAGCGUAAGAAUGGGGCAAAAUGUACGACACAUAUCCAAAUAGUCUUCCUAGAGCUUGCACAUAGUUUCUAGUUUGUGCUUCAGUUUAGCUGCCAGAAUAAGGUAAUCAUAUCUUGUCCCUUAUCAUCAGAUGCACCUUUCUGAACAAGUCAGUGCUGGUCUCCCAUUACUACAGUUAUUGCCUAAAACUUAAAAAAUGAAAAAGAUUACUCAUUAAUCCCACAAGGAACUCACCUGUGUUCAGACAAACCAUGGAAAGGCAGAAGUUGUCAUUUGUCUGGUUGUGGUAGAGACCAGCCUUUGGCUCUUGUCUCCUGAUAAGAGACAUUUGAAAUUAACAUGGUUGCUUCUAUGUUCUUCAAGAGACUUUGGACUGGGGACUCAAUACUGUCAAUUAUGAACAGACAACCUACUGAAGGACAAAUUACUCCAAAUUCUUCUGUUCUGGUAAGCCAGAACUACUUCACAGGCAACAGCAAAGCUCUACAAGAAGAAAAUGCUGUGAUGGUGAGUCAAGGUCUCAUGCACCUGCAUCAUUUCAACAAACCGUCAUUCAAGUCAUUGUCCUAGAGCUACACUAUCCUGAAAUCUUUACUGUCAAUACAUUUCAGAUUUAGAUAUCUAAAAAAGGUAAAGAAGUAUAACGGAAGCAUGAGACAAUGAAAUGAUUCUUCUCUGCCCAGUUUUUAACAAGUUAUUUAAACCUGUUUGUAGCUUGAGCAUAUUUUGUUACAGUAUAUCUGAGCAUGUAAAGGGAAUGCUUACUAUUACCCAAUUGUACUGCUGCCUACUAUAACCAAGGUAACUCAGAAUGUGGACGCUUCCCCUUCUGAUAUACUGAAGUGGUACUAAUAAACAUUCAGAAAUUCAGUGGAAUACUACACUGUGACUAUUGUUCUCCACCUUUGAUAAGCACCUAUUAAAGUUAAAGUAUAUUCAAUUAAAGAAGCAAUUGUGAAUUUUCA